AUGCCCGUCGCCGCCCUCGUCCUCUUACCGCUUUCGGCCCAGCACAAGGUUUCGCAGCGUCUGCCAGCUUCGUUGCACGUCGUUCAGUCGUGCGCCCACGUGGUGGCCUCGUUGGGCGGAAAUGCUAGUUUCAUCGCCCUCGCCGUCCGCCGCCCUGCGUCCGGCUCCUUCGUCUCCCUCCACUCAUCCUCAUUCCCAUUCCCACUCCCACUCCCACUCCCAUUCCCAUUCCCAUUCCCAUUCUCAUUCCCAUCCCCCUCCCCCUCCUCAUCCUCCUCCUCUCCCUUCUCUUAUCCUCGCCAUCCUCCCACCACGGCGCCGUACCAUCCGAACCACCCGCCCCCGCCCCAGCAUUAUGAGCCCGCCGGGCACGCUCCUGCUGCGUCGAGUCCUCGUUUUGAUCCGCAGUCCUCCCGUGUGGCCAUCGAAGAACUUCGAUCGGCUCUAAACCGGCACACCGUUGGCCCAUCCCCCCCCGGGCCCUCAGGGGAUCUCCCGCGCGGUCGGAUGUCCGCUGGGCACACCUCCUCUGGGGGCGCAAGUAACACCAUCGCUCAUCCGUCUGCUGACGCCGUCAUCCCCGCCUCCAAUCCGACGCGCCCUCCUCAGGAUCGUCCUACCAAUAACGUUUCCGCCCCUCCUGUACCUGCAGCCUCCGAUCCCGCCCCAGGUCCCCAAUCAAUAUCUACCCCUCCAAUGCCUGCUCCAAAUAGUGCUGGCUCCGGGUCCAACAAGCGUAACAGCCCGAACGACCCUGCCGCCAAUGGUGCGCAGACCGGGGGUCUCGCUGCCGCCGACCUGGAAGGCUCCCAGGCCAAACGCCUGCGACCGGACAAGCCCGAGGUCAAGGUGCUGCCGAUCCGAUACGAGCUGGCGGACCCCCGGGACAUCGUCGUCUUGAUCUCGAGCAUGCUGAUGGAGCUGAUCCAUUUCAAUGACAAGAUCCCGCUGAACCAGGGCCGUCUGACGCGCUUCCACUCGCGGUCGCCGCCGCGAAUCUCGGUGCAUGAUUACCUGCAACGACUGGCUACCCACGCCACGCUGUCCCCGCCGAUCCUGCUGAGCAUGGUGUACUACAUCGACCGGCUCUGCGCCCUCUACCCGGCGUUCACGGUCUCCAGUCUGACCAUCCACCGGUUCCUCAUCGCCAGUGCGACGGUGGCCAGCAAGGGCCUGAGCGACAGUUUCUGGACGAAUAAGACCUACGCCCGAGUGGGCGGUAUCACCAUGACGGAACUGGCGCUCCUCGAAUUGGAGUUUCUGUUCCGCGUCGAGUGGCGCAUCGUGCCCGAACCCGAGGUGCUGGUGGACUACUACAAGAGCUUGGUCGAACGGUGCGAUGGGUAUACGAUCCAACGUGACGGUUGAUCCCGCUCCGACUACACAAAGAUUUAGACCGGUUUCAUAUAGUUCUGGGCUUGGACGGCGCGAGCUAGGGAUGAUCAGGCGGUCAUGGGGCCUAUGUGUUUGUACUGGUACAUAUAAUACACAUACACGGACAUGGAGUUGCUGUUCUGCAUAGCUUGAUGGCGAGGAGCGAACAAUGUUUUACGGCUGGUGUUGUUUUGCUACAUGAGAUUGCGAUCUCUGUUUUUUUUUUUUUUUUUUUUUUUUUUUUU